AUGGAGAAGACGUGGUGGUGUUUUGACAGCUUUGGGUCGGUGAUGGAGAGGGGGGAGGUGGGUGUGGUCCGAUGGAAUCCACGGCUGCUCAAUGUCACACGGGGGAGGGAGGGGGACGACAGGCUGCAGACAGGCUGUGUGUGCGGAGAUGGGCAGGAGCUCCUGGGGGGGGGGGGGGGGGCGACAGUCACGCUGCUGCCUCUCAGACAAACACCAUCCACCAACACGGAGCUGCUCGGACAUCAUGUAUUCAGCAGCUUUCAGGUUCACAGGAAGCCCAGUUUGAGUCUGUACAAGCCGCUUUACGACUGUCGCUACUGGAGGUCUGAGCUGCCCAACUUCAGCACCCCGCACCAGGGCAAGGGCGGGUACUGGUGGAGCCCCCAGAGGUACCAGGAUGUGGGCACAACCUGGAGGGACACACACCGACAUCAGGUGGUCCUACCUGGCAACACCGGCUUCUCCGAUGUCCCGUCGAGCCUGACAGCCGGAUACUGCCGCCGCCGGCCUGCCUUAGUGUGA